AUGCCGUCUCUGGGUGCUGGUGCUUUCAUCGGCUAUGCCGUCUCGCCUUCAUCAAAUGGUGCUAAAAUUGCUAGACUUGUUGCUGAUCUUGUUCUUUGUCUAUACCUGCCUUUUGGUUUCACAAGAAAAAGCUUUUGUCUUUUGGAUUGUUUGUUCUAUUUGAACUCGAAAUAUACUGUACCAUCAACUCGUGUCAGACCAAUGCAUUCUCGAAUUUCAGCUCAGGUGAAGCAGAGAAGAAGUGGAUAUGAACCCUCUGAUACGGAGGCUGAAUGGCAGGACAGUCCCUGGAAUGAUGCUGAUAAAAAAGAUGAAGAAUCGAAUGAUGCAGGGCCAAAUAUUUUGCAAGAUCAGACCAGAAACAGGAGCCCUUUCGACAGAAGAAAUGCCCGAAGGAAUGAUUAUGAUCGCUCAUAUCCCUUGAGAGCUUCAGCCGCCAGCCCUGCUCGAAGGAGGCACAGCAAGUCACCGUAUGCUGCUCCAAGAGAUGAAGGUAAUACUCACUCACCUGUCCAUCAUAGAAAGUUUCCAGAUAGUCCUUUCUUGAAAUCCGAGCUAAGGAGACAUGUUUCCCCAUAUAAAAUUGCAUUGGAGGAUCAUCAAUUGGACAAUGGAAAGAUUGCCAGUUCCAAUAGAAAAUUCAGGCAAGCUUGUGAUGAUGUUAGCAAGGUGAAUGAUACAUCUACUUAUAGUGGUAGGAGGGCUGUUUCUGUUCCUAAGCGAACAUUCAAGGAGAAAGACUUGAUCAAGAAUGAGAGUUAUUGGGAGCGAAGUAAACCAGAAAGGACAGCAUCCCCGUUAAGGAGGAACUUAUCCAGGAAGGAAAGGGAUGGUUCUCAUAAACAAGCUCCUUCAGGUGGUGAAAUUAACGAAAUGCUGGCUAAUGUGAAGACUGCUGGGGCUCCAACUGGAAUGGAUCCUAACUUUGAAAGCACAGAUUCCAUUGUCCCAGGUGACAUCUUCUUUUCUAGGGACUACGGUGCCUUCACAAAGCAGAACAGUAUCUUUUCCACAAAAAAUGGCACUGACGUCAAGUUCAGCGAAAAGCCUGAAUUUCUUAUCCAUACCAAUCCUGGUUUUCAUAAACGGAACCAAGCAAAUCCAUGGCCUAAUCAUAACAUCCGAGAGAUUUCAGCUACAGCAAGCAAUGUAUCAACACAAACAACUGCCAACUCCAAUUUUGGUGUUAGUAGGCAGAGUAGCAACUUGAGUGAAUUUAGUGGAAGGACAAAUGGGACCAUUAAAAAUUUCUUAGCAAACAGACAAAAAAGCCAAACAGACGCAUGGUUUUCUUGCAUCAAGAGGGGUUCCUGCAGGGCAUCAGAGAAAUCUCCUGAGAAACCGCGAGGAUCCUAUGAGGCUUUGAUUAUUGGAAGGGCAUUUGUGGUCGAGAGUCUCAGACAAUUCUGGGCUGAUAAGCAUCGACCUUCUUCAUUGAGUGAAUUCACUUGCCACGAGCAAGAGGCUUUGCACCUUAAGCAACUUGCUACGAGUGAAAUCCCACACAUCUUGCUUAAGGGGCCCCCUGGUUCAGGAAAGAAGUCGCUAACAUUGGCUCUUCUGCGUGAAAUCUAUGGGGACACAGUUCGUAAUAUAUCUCAUGAUUUGCACUGCUUCCACAUUCAGGAAACAAAGCCAAUGGAAGCAAUUGUUCCCGUAAGCUCAAGUCCUCACCAUGUGGAGUUCAAUGUUUCUUCAGAACCUAAUGUUGCAUAUGCAUUAAUGGCUUUAGUCAAGAAAAUAAGCACCGACUAUGCUGUCAUCCGAGAAAUCAGCAACGUCAAUAUGAAGGCAGACUAUAAAGUAAUGGUUCUCUAUGAUGUUGAUAAAGCUGCGGAUAACAUACAACAUUUGAUAAAAUGGAUUAUGGACUGUUACUCUGAUGCUUGUAAACUCAUUCUCUGCUGUGAAGAUGAAGUAAACAUCCUUGAACAUGUUAAAAGCCGCUGCAAGGUUAUCAAUGUUGAAGCUCCAGUCACUCAUGAAAUUAUGGAAGUUCUAAUCCAGAUAGCCGGAAAAGAAGAAUUUGAACUACCCAUGAGUUUUGCGGCUAGAAUUGCUAACAAAUCAAAGCAAAAUAUGAGGGGAGCAAUUAUGGCACUUGAAGCAUGCAAAGCACACAACUACCCUUUUUCGGAGGAUCAACCAAUCACACUAGGAUGGGAAGAGGUCCUUGUUGAACUUGCUGCAGGAAUUCUAGCUGAUCCAUCACCUAAGAGAAGCUUGUUGAACAAUUUCUCAAGGGAGUUGACGCCAGUUCAAAAAGGGAAAUCUAUUACUGGCAUGCUUAUUAUAAUUCACAGCCAAGUUUAUGAGCAUCCAACGGAGGAGUCUGAACCAUCAUCAGGUCUCCUAGUAACUUGCAAUAUUACAGUGGGGAGACUCUUCUUGUCGGUUGCAACAGGUCACAGAUUUUUUGACAGUCUGACAUUGAAUGCUGUUUGCUAUAAACUUCUUCUACUCCGAAAAAUUUCGCUCGUCUGCAAAAAGUGGGCCGAUAUAGUCAGUAGAAGAUGUGGAAUCCUACUGCUACGGUUGAUUGAGGUUAGAGCGCUGUCCAGAUGGCUUCACUGCCGAAGCUCAAUGCAGCCUCUUCGCUGA